AUGGCUGUGGGCGAUGCAUACCGAUCAUCUCAUAAACAUGUCCUCGGCACCAACAGGGGCGAUAUGGACCUAGCCAAUAAAGACAAAGAUGUUGAGAAAACAGACAAGUUCAUGGAUGGCAGUUCUGAGCAUGUCGAGGCGGCCCAUGAGCCAGAGACGCUCGGCAAGCGACAGAAGGCAAAGCGACAUUUUCGACGAUUCUGGUGCUGCUAUCUGCUGGCAGCGAUUAUAUUCCUAGCAAUCUUCCUGCCUAUUCUCUUUCUCGUCAUCAUUCCAGCCAUCGCACAAAGGAUAGUAGACGACACUGAUCUACCAGUCUACAGUGCAGAGAUUCUCGAUCCAAAGCCCGACCGAUUUACAUUCUCCCUGAACACUGCCCUAGAUAUCCCUUCUGGGUUAUCUGUUCGAACAGACCCUCUCACACUGCGAUUGUUCAACCGUGCGGUGAAGCCAAUUCUACCUUACCUCAGGGUAGACCUACAAGGAUAUAACUUGAAAGGGCACACGAAGAUGCAUGUCACCCAGCAUGAUACAAUCGUCGAGAAUGAAGAUGAAUGGGUGAAGGCUCUAACGCAGGCCGUAUAUUCCAAGCGAUUCUUCCUGUCGGCGAAAGGGUCUACUACGGCACAUCUGGGCGCAUUGAAGGCGGGCUUGACUUUGGACAAGGAUAUAGAGUUAGACGGACUGGAUCAACUCAGUGGAUUUAGCAUCGACUCUGCCCGACUACUCCUCCCGGCCGAAGCGGACGGGACCAAUCUCCGGGGUGAAGCCGUUCUCCCGAACCACUCAGUCGUCACAUUUGCUUUGGGAAAUGUGACUCUCAACCUCAAGAGCCAAGAUAUACUACUAGGAGAAGCGCUAAUUCAAAACGUCAUCCUCAAACCCGGCAACAACACCGUUGCCUUAAGUGGCCGACUUGAUAUUCGCACGGUUCUGCAAAACCUUUCCAAAAUCGUGGCAGCACAGCGAGAGGCCAUAUUAAAGGGCAAAAUCGAACUUUCGGCCCAAGGAAAUAAGACAGUGUAUGAGGGACAGCGGAUCCCAUAUUUUGAGCGCGUGCUGAACAAUCUGACUUUAACCGCGCGAGUUCCGAUCGUGGGUGUUUUGAUGGAUACGUUGCAGGGCUUGGGUAAUGGAAAUGGGUCUAUAUGGCAAAAUAUCGAAAGUCUUGGGGAUAGCGAUAGCUUGUCAGAUUUGUUGGAUGGACUGUGA